GUACCACGCGGAGCGCGCCCAUUCCCGCGCGGCCGAGCGGUUCGUGGCGCUGGAGGCGCUCCUGGAAUCCCGCGGGGCGGAGAUCGGGACCAUCCCGGCCAACACCGAGGCCACGGCCGGGCACCUGCGGGGCCUGAGCCGCUACCUGUCGGACGUGGGGCUCGCCUGCUCCCUGCGUUCCCAAACCCACGCGCGGCAGCUGCGGGAGCUCCGCGGCGGCCUCGGGGAGCUCCAGGGAUCGGCCCGGCUCCUGCGGGAGCGCUGCGGGGUCCUCGGGGCCCGCCUGGACCGCGGCGUGACAGACCUGUCCCUGCUGCUGGAGGAGAUGCGGGCCGUGGACGCGCGGCACGGGGAGGAGAUCGGGAACGUCACCCUGCUCCGGGGCGUUCCGGGUCUCCCGGGCCCCCGCGGCCUCGGGGGGGACGUCGGAUCGGGCGGCCCCGCGGGGAUCGGGGGACAGGAGGGUGACAUCGGGACCCCGGGAUCGCCGGGACCGCCCGGCCCGCAGGGACCCUCGGGACCCCCCGGCCCCCAGGGGGAACGGGGACCCCCUGGAAUGAAAGGAUUCCCGGGAUUCAAAGGCUCCAAGGGCGGCUUUGGAUCCUCGGGAUGGCGGGGCCAGGGCGGACCCACGGGGGAUCCCGGACCCGCGGGGCCCGAGGGGGGGCCGGGAAGGGCGGGACCCCCCGGCCCGCAGGGCGAGCAGGGGCUGCCCGGGACCCCCGGGAACGCGGGCCGGGCCGGGCCAGAGGGGUCCAAGGGAGACCCCGGCAUGAGGGGACCCCCGGGACCACCGGGACCCCCCGGACCCCCGGGACAGUGACUGGGGAUAAAGGGGGGAUCCCAAAUUCCAUCCCCUGGGACCCCCCGGACCCCCGGGACAGUGACUGGGGAUAAAGGGGGGAUCCCAAAUUCCAUCCCCUGGGACCCCCCGGACCCCCGGGACAGUGACUGGGGAUAAAGGGGAGGGGGUCCCCAA